CGUCGAUCGAAUCGAGGUCAAGACUGCCCAGCCUCGCCUCGUACUCGAUGGCCCUCGGCAAUGGUCAAGGCCAGAGCGAUGGACAUCCAGCCAGAGCCGUAGCACGGCAGGCUGCGCUGCUCCACGCGCCCACCCUCGCAGCUCACCUCCAUGGAGUCACUACCGGCCUCUGGACGUGGACCUUUCCACCGCAGGAGCCUGAACAGUCAUCCGCACCCGGAGCAGUCGAAGGCACCAUCUCCACCAUAGCCCCCAGUAGCGAUCAGCAACUCCCCUCGUCCACCUCAUUCCAUGCGACCCUCAUCACCUCCCCCGCCCUCCUUUCCGCCUCUACCCGCACGCGCAUCUUCGACCUCUUCCAGCGGAAUCUGCAGUCCAGCUACGAGCUCAACGAUGCCUGGAGUCCUGCGCAGAAGAAGGAGGAAAUGUUUGAUCUCCAAGGAGAGGGUAGGUGGAUCCUACUCUGGGAGCUUUCCUCUGAGGCUUCUCAGGUUGAGCAGGGGAAGGAAGAAGCAGAUGAUCGGACCCUCGUCGGUUUUAUCCUCUGGCGGUUCGAUACCGAGGAGUGUACAAAGGAGGAUUGGACAGAGUGGGAAGCGCUUCGCCAGAGGGACGCAUCAUCUCCAGCUCCAGCUCCACCGCAGAAGCGGGUGCUCCCUCUGCCUGGCGCCAAGCGAGGUCCUGGUGGAAAGGGUAGACUGGUCGUGAAGAGGACAAAAGUGGAGCGUGUUCUGCCCGUAGGAUACUGCUACGAGCUCGCCAUCUCACCCUCCUACUCCUCCACCGGCCUGGGAUUUGCCCUACUCUCUUCCCUCUCCCUCCUGUCCACCCAAACAGGCAUGCGCAAAGUCAUGCUCACCUGCUGGAGAUGCAAUACGGGUGCGCUGCGCUUCUAUUUGCAAAAGUGCAAAGGUUGGGAGGUGGAUGGCAUUAGCCCUAGAAGUGUGGAGGAGGAUGAGGAGGAUGAGAUAGGCACAAAGGCAGAAGAGAGGAAGGGGUACGUCAUCUUGAGCUUGAAGUGCAAGUGA